AUCACUUUGAGGAUCUAUUCCCAGUUUGAACCCUUGAGUAACCCUGCUGGUCUCUACAAUGCAUCCACACGGCCUGGCUGGAUAUUUUCUCAUGCUGCUAAGUACCAUGCUGGGGCUAAGUGUAGGCUUGGAGUUUACUGGCUCACAAGGUCAAUGGGCUCGAUAUCUGAGAUGGGACGCCAGCUCUAAAAGUGAUCUAACGUUUCAGUUCAAGACCUCAGAAUCGGAAGGCCUGGUGCUCUACUUUGACGAUGGUGGUUACUGCGACUUUCUGCUCCUCACUGUGUCUGAGGGUAGGUUGCAGCUUCGUGUCAGUAUUGACUGCGCUGAGACCACCAUUGCCUCUGAUAAAACCGUAAAUGACAGCCGCUGGCACUUUGCUGCCAUCAACAGGCAAAAUUUGUGGACGGGCUUAGCCGUGGAUGGCCAGACCAAGACGGGAGAAGUGCGGCCCCAGCGGCAGUUCAUGAAGAUCGUUAGUGACCUCUUUCUGGGAGGGCUUCCAGGGGAUAUACGCACGUCGGCCAUCACCCUGCCCUCUGUCCGCGAGCUUCCGCCAUUCAAAGGAAUUAUCACCAACCUCAUUUAUGGGAGUAAGUUGCCCACGUUAAUCAACAGCCAGAAAGUACGACUGGAGAUGAUGGGCCUCUGCACUGAGAACCCCUGUGAAAACGGUGGGAUCUGCUCACUGGCAGAUGGAGAAACCUACUGUGACUGCUCCAAAACUGGAUUUGUAGGUCGAUACUGCACUGAAGCAGUCCAGAGAAAACCAGAACUCGCACACCUGAAGGCAGAACAAGGUAGAAGCAAAGUGCGGGAGGAGAACGUGGCCACCUUCCGUGGUUCGGAGUACUUCUGCUACGACCUGUCACAGAACCCCAUUCAGAGCAGCAGCGACGAGAUCACGCUGUCCUUCAAGACCUGGCAACGCAACGGCCUCCUCCUGCACACGGGGAAAUCCGCAGACUAUGUCAACCUGGCGCUGAAAGACGGGGCCGUUUCCCUCGUCAUCAAUCUGGGCUCUGGGGCCUUUGAGGCCAUCGUGGAGCCAGUCAAUGGAAAAUUCAAUGACAAUGCCUGGCACGACAUCAAAGUGACACGCAACCUGAGACAGGUGACAAUCUCUGUCGAUGGGAUCCUCACCACCACCGGCUACACUCAGGAGGACUACACCAUGUUGGGCUCCGAUGAUUUCUUCUAUGUGGGUGGGAGCCCCAGCACUGCGGACCUGCCAGGAUCUCCAGUUAGCAACAAUUUCAUGGGCUGCCUCAGAGAGGUGGUGUAUAAAAACAACGAUAUCCGGUUGGAGCUGUCGCGCCUGGCCCGCAUCGUUGACCCCAAGAUGAAGCUCCAAGGCGAUGUGGUUUUCAAGUGUGAAAACGUUCCCACUCUCGACCCGAUAAACUUUGAGACCCCUGACUCCUACCUGGCCCUGCCGAAGUGGAAUACCAAACGCGUGGGCUCCAUCUCCUUUGACUUCCGCACCUCGGAACCCAACGGGCUGAUCCUCUUCACCCACGGGAAGCCUCAGGGUCGACGGGACUUGAAAAACCAGAAGAACAACAAGGUGGACUUCUUUGCUGUGGAGCUGCUGGAUGGUGGGCUGUACCUGCUUCUAGACAUGGGCUCUGGGACGGUCAAAGUCAAGGCCACCCAGGCUAAAGUCAGCGAUGGUGCUUGGCACCACGUGGAUAUCCAGAGGGAUGGUCGCUCUGGCAUCAUUUCAGUAAACAGCCGCAGGACACCUUUCACCGCCAGCGGGGAAAAUGAGAUCUUGGACCUGGAAGGAGACCUUUAUUUGGGCGGUCUGCCCGAUAGCCGGGUGGCUUUGGUGCUCCCCACCGAGCUAUGGACCGCGAUGUUGGACUACGGCUACGUGGGCUGCGUUCGGGAUCUGUUUAUUGACGGGCGCAGCAAGGACAUCAGGCAGAUAGCUCAGUCUCAGAAUGUGACCGGCAUCAAGUCGUCGUGCAGCAAGGCGGUGGGGAAGCAGUGUGACAGCAGCCCCUGUAAGAACAGCGGGGUGUGCAAGGAGGGUUGGAACCGCUUCAUCUGCGACUGCACUGGGACCGGCUUCUGGGACAGCACCUGCGAGAGAGAGGCAUCGAUUCUGUCUUACGACGGCAGCAUGUACAUGAAGGUGGUGAUGCCGAACAUCAUGCACACCGAAGCCGAGGACGUCUCCCUUCGCUUCAUGUCUCAGAGGGCCUUCGGUUUGCUCAUGGCCGCCACGUCCCGUGAGUCCGCCGAUACCCUGCGGCUUGAGCUGGACAGCGGGAGGGUCAAACUGACGGUCAAUCUAGACUGUGUCAGGAUAAACUGUAACACCAGCAAAGGUCCUGAAGUUCUUUAUGCUGGACAAAAGCUCAACAACAACGAGUGGCACUCGGUGCGAGUGGUCCGCCGCGGUAAAAACUUCAAACUUAUCGUGGAUGACGACAUGGCUGAAGGUCAGAUGGCAGGUGACCAUACCCGCCUGGAGUUUAGCAACAUGGAAACAGGCAUCUUGACCGAGAAACGCUUCGUUUCUUCAACACCCUCGCCCUUUAUCGGUCACCUUCAGAGCCUCAAGUUUAACGGUAUGCAAUACAUCGACAUGUGCAAGAAUGGGGACAUCGACUUCUGUGAACUCAACGCACGCUUUGGCAUGCGAUUCAUUGUCGCCGACCCCGUCACCUUCAAGACUAAGGGCAGCUACCUUGGACUGGCCACUCUGCAGGCUUAUACCACAAUGCACCUGUUCUUUCAGUUCAAAACCACCUCUCCUGAUGGUUUCAUCAUCUUCAACAGUGGAGAUGGGAAUGACUUCAUCGCAGUGGAGCUGGUCAAAGGGUUUGUCCACUACGUGUUUGACCUCGGGAAUGGACCCAGUCUGUUGAAAGGGAAUAGCGACAACCCACUGAAUGAUAACCAGUGGCACAAUGUGGUCAUCACACGAGACGCUGCAAACACACACACCCUCAAGGUGGACUCCAAGUCAGUCACUCAGAAUGUCAAUGGAGCCAAAAACCUUGACCUUAAAGGUGACCUGUUCAUCGGUGGUUUGGGACCCAACAUGUAUCAGAACCUCCCCAAGCUGGUGGUUUCUCGGGAGGGCUUCCAGGGCUGCUUGGCCUCUGUGGAUCUCAACGGCCGCCUGCCAGACCUCAUCAACAACGCCCUUUUUCGCAGCGGGCAGAUAGAGCGUGGCUGCGAAGGCCCGAGUACCACCUGCCAGGAGGACUCGUGCUCGAACAUGGGCGUGUGCAUCCAGCAGUGGGAGAAUUUCACCUGCGACUGCUCCAUGACAUCAUACUCAGGGACCCACUGCAACGACCCUGGUACAACCUACAUCUUUGGAAAAGGAGGGGGACUGAUCACAUACACCUGGCCCAACAAUGAGAGGCCAAGCACACGGACUGACCGCCUGGCAGUGGGUUUUAGCACCACCAUCAAAGACGGCAUCCUCGUCCGCAUCGACAGCGCCCCACGCUUGGGAGACUACAUCAUGCUACACAUUGAACAAGGCAAAGCUGGCGUGACGUUUAACAUUGGGACGGUGGACAUCAGCGUUAAGGAAAAUAGCACACCGGUAAAUGAUGGUAAAUACCACUUGGUCCGAUUCACCAGGAACGGAGGCAAUGCAACCUUACAGGUGGACAACUGGCCGGUGAAUGAGCACUUUCCCUCAGGCAACAGCGACAUUGAGCGCUAUCAAAUGGCAAAUAAGAAAAUCCCUUUCAAAUAUACCCGGCCAGUAGAAGAUUGGAUUCAGGAGAAAGGCCGGCAGCUGACAAUCUUCAACACUCAGGCCACUAUCUCUAUCGGCGGCAAUGACCGGAAGCGACCCUACCAGGGUCAGCUCUCUGGCCUUUAUUACAAUGGGCUCAAGGUUCUCAACAUGGCCGCAGAGGGCCACCCCAACAUCAAGGUGAAUGGCAGCGUGCGACUGGUGGGCGACGUGCCCACGAGCCGGGGUGCGACACGCACCACCACCUCGGUACCACCAGAGAUGUCCACCACUUUCAUCGAGACGACCACCACCCUGUCUACUACAACCACCCGAAAACAGCGCUCUCCACCUACCAUUCAGACCACCGACGACAUCGUUUCGUCCGCCGAGUGCUCCAGCGACGACGAGGACCUGGAGGAGUGCGACUCCGGACACACAGGAGGGGAGCUAGUCAUUCCCAUUCUAGUCGAGGACCCCAUAGACAUCCCUUCUGUAUCCACCCGUUCACCCUUCAUUCCCCUCCCCCCAACCCUCCGCCCCGUCCUCACCAUUAUCGACACCACCAAAGAGUCCUUGGCCAUGGCCACUGAGGCGGGGGUACCUUGCUUUUCGGACCGAGGCAGCGAUGAUUGUGAUGGUGGUGAUGGUGGUGAUGAUGAUGGUGAUGGUGGUGAUGAUGAUGAUGAUGAUGAUGGCAUGGUGAUUUCGGGGUUUGGCUCUGGUGAAGCUUUCGACUCUAGCCUGCCCCCGACUGACGAUGAAGAUUUUUACACCACCUUCUCCCUGGUAACAGAUAAGACCUUGACCACAUCGGCCUAUGAAGGUGGCUACAAAGUUCUCGUGCCCAAGUGGGAAGCCAAGGACUUGAGGCCUAGCAAAGCCUCAGAGGCAGGUAGGACUAUACCCACCUUGCCUCUGCCUGACAUCGGGGGCACACCGCCGGCAGCGGUCCCCUCGGAUACGCCACCUAAACUGCCUGCAGGGAAAAUGGACAAUCGUGAGGUAAAACCCCUGCAGCCAGAUAUCGUCCUGCUGCCCCUGCCCACGUCCUUUGAUGUGGACGGCACCAAGCCAAGAGACCCUUUCAUCACCUCGCCUAUGCUGCGCACUGUACCUGCUGCCUUGCCCACGAUACCUGAUGUGGUGAGGCACAUGCCUCCGGGGGUCUCGGAGGUGAUCCGGGAAUCCAGCAGUACUACGGGCAUGGUGGUGGGCAUUGUCUCAGCUGCAGCUCUCUGCAUCCUCAUUCUCCUCUAUGCCAUGUACAAGUACAGGAACAGGGAUGAGGGAUCCUACCAGGUGGAUGAAACACGUAACUACAUCAGCAACUCGGCGCAAACCAACGGCGCUGUGGUGAAGGAUAAAACACCCAGCGGUAGCGCCAAAGGUAGUUCCAGUAGCAAGAGACCGAAAGACAAGGACAAGGAAUACUAUGUAUAGAAAACAAGUCAUUUCACAAGAUAUACAUAAACUGUUUGAAACAAAAACAUUUUGACAGUACCAUAUUGGCAACUGUGAUUUAAAAAGGACUAAACCUUGUGAGAACUCAAGACUCAGAGUCAGUGAAUCAUUUUCAAAAGAACUCUGGCUUAUAGAAGCCCACUUACUAUUGUAAGCGUUACAAAGUGACAAUGCAGUACAACUUCAUCGGGACGUUUUUAUGAAGUCCCUGCUGAAGACAUUUGCCAGUGUGAGUUAUCACUCUGAACACCCCACAUGACCCCAAGUGACUGUGAAGAGGUGUGUAAUCCUUGGAGUUCUGAUGACCUUGUCCAUUGUAACCCUGUAAAAUACGAUCACUGUCAUUUUGGCCAUUCUGAGCAUGCAUGUGAGGUGUAUGUGAUGUGCUGGCAUCUGUGUAAGCGAAAGACCUCAAGAAACUGAUGUGGGGAAAGGUCAGAAGUCAAAACAUGAUUUUUUUUUUUUUGGCUUUAAAAGGGGUUCAUUAAAUGUAGCUUUCAUGAGCGAGACAUGAGGUAAGGUAUGUGUGCAAGGAGCUGUCUUCAAUUUAUGUGUUUUUUAUUUACUCAUUUAUCCAUUUAUUUAUUGAAUUUACUUUUAUUAAAGAAUGUAGUCAGCCGUCAGGGUUGACUAAACUAGACAGUGCUCAGCAGGACGUGAAACAGAUGUGUGUCUCAACAGUUUUCUC